AUGCCGCAAUCCUUAGACGAUCAAUAUAGUCUUGGAGACUCUAUCGUUGAUAUGGGGGGUGGAGACGGAAUUGACGAUCCCGUUCAAGAUAAUCGACCGCGUAUAUUGAUAAUGGGCCUAAGGAGGAGUGGAAAGUCUAGCAUCCAAAAAGUGGUUUUCCAUAGUAUGAACGCGAAUGACACACUUUUCCUUGAAUCUACCAAUAUCAUAAUCAAAGAAGACUUCCAGUCGUUCAUCGACUUUCACGUGUGGGACUUUCCGGGACAGCUCGAUUUUUUCGAUCCAACUUUUGAUACAAAUGCUAUUUUUGGAGAAUAUGGAGCAUUAAUUUUUGUUAUAGACGCUCAAGAUGAUUACAUGGAGGCUUUAACGCGACUUCACGAUACGGUGACACGAGCCUAUAGAGUCAACCCUAAUCUUUUUUUUGAAGUGUUCAUACACAAAGUUGAUGCGUUGUCCGAUGAAUACAAGAUCGAAACCCAGCGUGAUAUUCAUCAAAGAACUACGGACGAAUUGGCAGAUUUUGGAUUGGAGAAGGUUUCAUUGGGAUUUCACUUAACCAGCAUUUAUGAUCGCUCAAUAUUUGAAGCAUUCAGCAAAGUAAUUCAAAAACUUAUACCGCAAUUGCCAACAUUAGAAAACUUGUUGAAUAUAUUAUGCGCGAAUUCUGGAAUAGAAAAGGCAUUCUUAUUUGACAUCAACUCCAAGAUUUACAUAGCUACAGAUAGCUCCCCUGUAGAUAUUCAAUCUUACGAAAUUUGCAGUGAGAUGAUUGAUGUUAUUUUUGACAUUUCCGAAAUAUACAGUAAGCGAACAAGCACACGUAAUGAUAGCGGAAUGUCGCAAAGUAUUAAAAGCGCAAUCCAACCAACAACCGAUGAGACUGCAAGUGACGCAUCAUCAUUAGUUAGGCUGCAUAAUGAUAUGGUGUUGUACCUUAAAGGCGUCAACAGAUUUCUUGCAUUGGUUUGUCUUAUUCCAUCUGACAAUCUUGAAAAGCAUGGGUUGAUAGAUUACAAUUUCCAGUGUUUUAAGCAAGCAAUAACAGAUGUCUUUGAUUUAAAACGUCUGAGCAUUGAAAGAAGGCUAGAAGAAGAUAUAGAUGACGAUGACAUUAGUAUCUAA